AUGUCAACAGGCAUGCAGCAUCCACCCGUCCAAGGCUGUCUGGUCUCCUUUCCUGCUCCAAACAUUCUCCUUCUCACACUCAACCGGCCAAAGCAGCGCAAUUCCAUACCGCUCGCUACGAGCGCUGAGAUACAGCGACUAUGGGAGUGGUUUGAUCAAGAGCCUACCCUCCUGGUGGCCAUAAUAACAGGAACGGGGGAAUCCUUUUGCGCUGGAGCUGAUCUCAAAGAAUGGAACGAACUUAAUGCGCGCGGUGAAACCAACGAGAUGACAGCACCCGGACUGGCCGGGCUUCCUCGCCGGCGAGGAGGAAAGCCAAUUAUCGCCGCCGUCAAUGGAUACUGUCUAGGAGGCGGAUUCGAGAUGAUCGUCAAUUGUGAUAUUGUCGUCGCUAGUGAGAGAGCUACGUUCGGGCUUCCCGAAGUACAGCGAGGCAUCGCAGCUGUUGCAGGCUCUCUGCCUCGGUUGGUUCGGGUGCUGGGCAAACAGCGAGCCGCAGAGAUUGCGCUGAGUGGUCUGACUUUCCCUGCAUCACAACUAGAGCGUUGGGGGCUGGUGAAUCGCGUGGUGGAGCAUGGUCAGCUAGUAGCAACGGCAGUGGAGAUCGCAAGCGCCAUCGCGAAGAAUAGUCCGGACAGCAUCCGCGUUACGAUGGAGGGUCUUCAUUACGCGUGGGAGAUUGCCAGUGUGGAAGAAGGCAGUACCGCCUUGGUAGACCGGUGGUACCCCAAACUCAUGGCCGGGGAAAAUUUUCACGAAGGCGUUAGAGCAUUCGUGGAGAAACGGAAACCGAAGUGGAGGGCUUCUAACUUGUAA